AUCUUUUGAUAUAAAUAAAAAACAAUUGCCUCUUUGUAAGACAAUAAUAUAUACAUAUAGAUAUAACUAAACUUUUGUCUCACAAAAAGCAGUAGUGUUAUAAAGAAAAAUGUUAAAGAAAAACAAUGAAAAAAUACAAUUUUUAAUUUUUCCAGAACACGUUUCAUCCUUUCAAUGAGAAAUCAUCAGCCUAUUUUGUAGCCCAUAUAGAUAUAUUUAUAUUGUUAAAAAGCUGGCUAUUUUAAAGAUUGAGUAAGAGUCAUAAACUACUGAUGAAGGGUUUAUUUUGAACCAGGGUUUUAGCAAGAGAAUAAAUAGUAGGAUGCUGAUAGAUCUUUUAAAAGAUUUUGGUUUCCAUUCAUCAUUACAUAAGCUCAAAACAUGAUCAUUGUGAUUUUACCAAGAACUCCCAUGUUGUUUAUGCAUGUAAAAGCAUUUUCAAUUGCAAAUAUUAUUUGUUUAAUAUAUUACUUAGGUAUGAUGUUUCCUGAUUUUUGAAGAUCUUUGAAGUGGAUCUGUUUUUAUAACUUUUUAUCAUGGUAGGUGACCAUGUGAAAUGAAUGAUGUCAAAAUAAGUUGAUUACCAUGUACAUCCUAAUGAAAAUGUAAUGUAAAGCCCAAGGAAAUGAGUGUGCCUCUGCAAUUUUGAACUGUGUCCUGCAAUAACAAAACAGUUUUGAACUGUCAAAAUGUGUUUACAACCUUAAAACACACUCUUUUCUUGUGCAUUACAUGUGGCACAAAGUAGUUACUUGUUCCAUUGCAAUAUUCUCCCCUAAAAUGCUAGCACUAGGAUCUAAUGGACAGUUUCUUUUUUUCCCACAAAACACAAAGGUUGGCAAUUUCAAUUGAAUGUGUUCCUUAUGUAUCACACAUUGGAUUUUUUGCAUCAUAAAAGGUGGUAGAUUUUAUUCAGUUUAUUAGUUUGGUGAAUUGCUGUUAUGAUUAAUAUUGGCUGCAUGUGAAAUAAAUCAGUUUCCCGAAUUGGAAAGAACAUUAUUCACCUUAAAAACUUCCAUUUUACUAAAAGAUUGUAAUUUUUAUAUUUUGCAUGUUGACCUGAAACUGAUUCAUUUCAGCAAUUCACUAAGAUCAGCCCAUUGUGUCUGUGCAAGGCUAGACCCACUCAGGUAAUUGCCACCAACCUGCACAAGAUUUUUAUAGACUUUGAAAUGCCUUGGCAUAAAUAAUGACCUGAGAUAACUACUUCAAAAUAUUUUGGUGAUCCUUCCUUUUAUUUGUCUGUGUCCUUCUUGUGCAUAUUUUAAAGGAGCCUUUUUUAACUUGAGGUCCAUGUUAAAUGUCACUUGAAAUAUUUAAUAUUUCCAUAGAGAAGAAGCUUUUUGAUUUGCUAAAGACAAAGUUCUAGUAAGCAAAUAGUAUGUGUAUAAUUUUCUUUUUUCGGUUUUCAGAAUAUUAGUUCAUUGGAACAUAUCCAAUUCUUAAUCAGUAGCUAUAAUCGUUUCACUGCCAUUUAAUCUGUAAGGAUAAAAAUACGUAUGCAAUGAAGAAUAUGAUGCAAGAUUUUUCAGAUAUUUGAAAUUGAAUUAAGCUAAAGAAUUUUGGGCAACAAAUGUCAUUUUGUAUUAAACAAGGUUUGGUUCUAUUCUUCGUGAGAUGUUUUUAGCAAUGUUCCCAACAAUGAAAAUUUGUGCAAAAAAGGGAUAUUGUUCUAUUGAAAAGGUACCAGCAUUGUCAACAAUCAGGAAACUAAUUUUUCUCAGAUUUCUGUUAGCAGGUGUGGUCUUCAAGUAAAAAGUAGAUUCAUUAGGUAAGUCUUAAAGUUGUCAGUUGCAGACAAAGUGCAUUUUCCAGUUCUAUGGUAGAGAUGCCUUAUGGGACAGGUAAAAAUUGUCUGGUGUUGAGCAAUUCCUUUUACUGCAUAUAGUAUAGGAAAACAGCCCUCUGUUCUGUUGGUUAUCCAUUGCCAGGCAAAGAAUUGUUGUAAAAUAUUUGGAAAAUGAUUUUCCAUGAAUAGUGAAAACUUCAUCAAUUCAAAAUAUAUAAAUAACAAGCCUAAUUCAGAUAUUGUUGUGUAUGUAGUUAAAAGGGACGCAGUUGAGGGUUAUUCUUGUUCCUACAGCAAAAUGUUUCAUUGGUGUGUGUUGAUGAUUGAUGGAAAGAGAGUCGCGCAUUUCAAGGAAUGACGGGCAUGAGUCACUGAAGAUGUAGGGAGAGCAAAUAGAGAAAUAUUUACAAAUGUUUCAGGCUUUGUCUUAAGGUUAUGGUAAACAUUUUCUGGAAAGAGGCAUUUUUUUCUAUUUAUUCGCAUCCUGAAUUUUGGAGUGGAAUGAAUCCAAUACAAAAAAAUGUUUCCAUAACUUCUUUUUCAAUUUUUUUUGUUGAGGUCUAAAAAUGGCUUGGUGUGUUAAUCUGAUAAUCUUUGCUUUGCAGUUAUUGUCUCGUCUCAUUUACGAUAACUAGUUGCAAUAGGAUUGCAUGUCCAUAUAUUUAGGGUAAAAAGGCUUAUUGAUCUUUAAAGGCUCUUGUGUAACUGGCACGCUUUCCAACUAUAAUUCAAAGAACCGACCUAAUAUUGUACUGUAUGAAAAUACAAAACACAGUCAAUUUAUCAAGAUAACUCGUGCAAAGCAUGCUGAUUGCACAAGAGCCUUUAAGCCUAAACGACUUGAUCCUGUUGACACAGUGGUUUACAAGAUCAAGGUGUAUCUUCAAAGUGCAACCAGUAAAAUCCUUUUUUCUCAGGACCCACAAUUCCUCCAUAUACAGGUAUGAAAAUGCUAGUUUGUACCCAAGAAACCAAUGGAAUGGCUCAAAAAUCGUACACUGCCAGAACAAAUGUUGGGUAAGCAGUGUAUCUUGAAAUUUUUGUAUUUGCUCUGGUCCAUCUACUUUAGCCAAAUACAACUGUGGUGGAUGGAAAAAUUGUUUGCCAAUUUUGGCAGGGUAUAUUUUUAAUGGCAAAAGGAAUAUGAAAAAUCCAAGAGAAGUUUCGGUACCUUUGGAUUUGCACUUCCUGAUGAUGUAAGUCAGAUUUUGUUACCUUGGAUGCCAUGGUAAAAUGUAGCAUUUGAAAGGUAAGUCAUAUUUUUUUACCUUGGAUGCCAUGGUAAAAUGUAGCAUUUGAAAGGUACACUUUAGCAAAAAAAUUGCAGGGAAACAAUUAUUUAUACAUUGGCCAAUUUUUUUAAGGUUUGGAAUUACCACAUUGUAUUUAUUAUGAUGCAGUUUAAUCAGUUACAUUUAAUAUUUUGGCUUUUAAGGGGGGAGUAGGAGCAAAUAUUGUGUCGAAAACUACCUUAACCUGAAGGCAGAGGAGCAUGGUGAUAAUAAUAAUGAACUAGCCAUGAUGGAAUAAUAAUAAAUUAGCCAGGUUUCCAUUUUGUAUCAGUAAAGCACAGUGGGGAGUGAAGAAACUGGCUAAUGUCCAAUAGGAGGGGAUUCUUGAGCAUGACUUUUAUCUAAGGUUGGAAAGAUUAAGGAAGAUAAGUGUUGUUAUCAAUGUAGCCAUUGUCGUUGAAAAAUUUAGCAGUUGAGAUUCCAUUGACUUGAAAGAAUAGCAUUUUGCUGCAAUCAGAUGUUGUACAGGGGAGAUGUCAAGAAAAUGUGUACUUCUGGCUCAGUGUUUUUGGUAUCAUGGAACAAAUGGGAUGAGAAUCUGACAUUCCUGUUAUAUUUUUAGAGAGAGGCAGCUAAAAAUGUGUUACCUUUAGUGAUGGAUUUUCAGCAUCAUAAGAAAGUUGGCAAUUAGUUAUUUACUGUAAUUUCAAAAGUAAUUUGCUAUAUUUUAUUUAAGUAUUUGCAGCAAUGUAAACUUUAUUCCUUUAUGAUCUUGCUUACUUUUUAUCACACAACUUCAAUGAUACUUCAUUGCCUGUUCUUUGGGUCAGACCUGGAACCAUUUUCCUAAGUUUAUGUAGAUAUAUAUAUGGUAUAAAGGUUUUUUGCUUUUCUUUUCAAGUAAUUUAAUUGCUUAACUGGUAAUAUGGAAUAUUGUAGAAAUGGUAGAAUGAUAGAAAUAAAGAGGUUGUUGAUUGGAACAAAGGUUUUAAUAAUUUCUAGGGGUAUGAUUCUUCUAGUUACAGUGAAGCCUUGUGCUUGUGUUUAGCUAUUCAUUAUUAUACAUUAUAUUUUAGGGUGUGAGAUAAGCUAGGGGUUAUAAAUACUGGUUGUGGCCACAUUUACUGCUCCCAAGUAUGCUGCUACGACCCCAUAACAUUUUCAUCUUAAAUAGAACCAAAUAGCUUCAUAAAUUGACCCUUGGCUGUCUUUUGGUAAUUACACUUUUUACAAGAGGUAGUUAAUUUUUACUAAAAAAAUUUUAUUAGCAGUUUCUGGUCAUAGUAAUCUUAUUUCAACAGACUUUUUACACUUGUACAUACUGUAGAGCUUUCUGCGACCACUGAAUACAGUUUUGCAAUCAUUUCUAGUAGCACCAUUUUUUUGCUUAUAAAAUCUGCUCUCCUUUCAAUAUGAGAGAUAACUUUCACAUUUGUUUUUUCUUCUCAUGUUUUAUCUGAGGCUGGGCACUUAUGAUGUUCUUACAGUUUUUGGGAAAAUAGAGUCUGUGUUCUUAUACAGUCUGUUAUAAAGAUGGUGUCAAAUGUCUUUCCUUGUUUUUUUAAAGUCUUCACAGUAGCAAAAUCGAAAAAUUCAUUUUCUGUAGAAUAAAAUACUAAAGUUAGGUAAUUUCAUGCCUUUAGCAGGUUUUAAUACCAUAAUUGAGAGUACAUGGACAUAUUCACAAUUUCAUCCUCAGUACUUUUUUUUAGAGCGAAUUAAGUCCAAUAGAAAGUGUCAUUUUGUGUCAAGUAACUACAAUUUUUGCAGCAUUGAUUUGAGAAUCAAAGAGCACAAACUUAAAAUCUCAAGGGAAGUAAUGGAAGUGAUAAGACAAUUAAACCCAAAAUUUAGUUCGGAUUACAGUUUUCGAAGUAUGCCUGAAAUAAUUUCAAAUCUACACAAUUGCUUAUGAUUAAAAUUCUCAUUAUUGUUCAUGAUUUGAACUGGUGAAGAGUCGUCUUUUACUUUCUGUUUUUCUUUCAAAUACAAUAUCUACAUUUAACAGUUGUUCCUGAAACGUACGGGCCAAAAACGUUCCUGAAAUAUUGGCGGGAAAAUUGAACCUCGUAUUCAGUUGGUUGAAUUGGCCGAAAGGUUUCGCGGAAUUUCUCGCAUUCGUGAGAUAUAAUUUGCAAAUACUGAAACUUGAAAUGGAAAUCAUUCUUGAAUCGGAUGUUAAUUAAUUACUUUUGGGAUUGCGAUGCAAAAUGAAAUCUCAGGGAGGAAGCUCGAGGUGACUUCAACAAAGAAUAGCAAAUCUGCGGUGAAUCGCAAUCUUAAAUCAAGAUCUUGCGUGAGGCAAGUUAGGCAAAUCAUGUGUUUGCCAUACUGGAACAGAAAUGUUUUGAUUACAGAGAAAGAAAUUGUUGAUAAACAGAAGAAAAGUAUUUUCCUUGCAAGAAAAAGGUUUUUCAAUGUCGAACUGUAAGUAGAGCGCACUGCGUCACAUUAUUGAUCUAAAGUCGCCAGGGCGACGGAAAGACAGUUGGGGGAAAUUAUUAGUUAUGGGCACGGGGUUUUUAAUUAUACAUGGCCGCCAGACGCAAGUUGGAACAGGGAGGGGGCAAAAUGAAUGAAUAGGGCACAAACGUCUCUUUUCCGAAUCAUUGGCUCUUGCCAAAAAUGGUACAGCUUUCAUGGUAGCUAAGUCUUUUUGAUAAAGAAUGAUACACAGAGCACAUAGCAAGAAAUAUCUUCGAUGAAGAUUCACCGUUGGGAAAAAUUAAUGGUAUGUGCUUACCAGAAGAAAAUUUAUGACACUGGAGUAAAAUGUUUAAAACAUGAUUCUAAAUAUGAAAAUUUAUGACACUUGAAUAAGACCCAGAAACAGAUGGCUUGUCUAAACAUAAUGAUACUGAUUACACAUCUUAAACCUGUCAGCCAAAAAUUUUCAGAACCUGGAGAUUUUCGAUUUUUUCCUACGAAAAACAGAGAGAUUUGAUCCAGGGCUCCGGCGCCCCUGUUAAAUGUUUAAUCCAGUGCAAAGUUUUAGAGAAUGUUUUAAAAAUCAGUGAUUUGUGUCAUCCCGGGUUACAGAGUAUGACCCCAACACCAAUUUUAAGAAGGAUAGAGAGGAAUUCAAAUGACCCUGUCAACUUAAGCAAAUUGCAGAUAAACUUUGAAGACACAACUCAAUAAUAUUUACAACUAUUUAUCUUGUUAAGUUUUUUCUAGCUAUUCAGAAACAAUCUUAGCUUCUUACCUGCUCGCUCUAUAGCGUAAACAACGAUUUUGCUUAAAGUUACUGUUUUAAUUAAACAUCAUGCAUUUGUUUUUUUGAAUUGGAUAACCAGCCAUCUCGAAAAUCCUUUGUAAAGUGAGUAUUCAGCCCCCUGAUUUGGCCUCUAUUCACUUUGUCGACCUACCCAUUGCUUAUGAAUAAUACAGAAGAUAUAUGUUGUUUGACGCAUGUUUUUAUGCCAGACACAUUCGACUGCAAUACAGGUCAUUGCCACAAAGCUUUAGGACUGUUAGAGAUGGCAAGCAUCAAAGGUUUAGAUUCCUUUGUGUCAAACUGGCAGGGAAAGACUCACAUAACAUCUGAAGAUUUUUUGAAGACAUUCAGGAAGUAUGACGCGGAUGAGAACGGUUUCAUCGAAGGCUCUGAAGUUGACCGUUUUCUAGAAGAUUUGAUGUCAGCGAAAAAUUUACAGGCAUCUGAUAUUUCGGCCUUGCAAGAGUUUAAAGAAGAAUUGUUCUCCAGAUAUGACAAAAACAAAGAUAGAAAAAUAGAGCUAGCCGAGCUUGCCAAGAUCUUGCCCACCGAAGAUAAUUUUCUGAUGCAGUUCAGGAUUCAAUGCUCAGAGCUCACCAGUGUAGACUUCAUGCAGAUAUGGAAGCACUAUGAUUCGGACCGAAAUGGUUAUCUAGAGACGACUGAAGUUCAGGCUUUCUGUUAUGAUUUACUGAGCAAAAAGAAAGGUAGAAGGGUAAAGAGCAAAGCCCUUGAAGAAUUCAGUCAAGGAAUAAUUGAACUUUACGAUAAAAACAAGGAUGGGAAAUUAGAAAUCCGAGAAUUGCAGAAGUUAAUGCCUGUAGAGAAAAACUACCUCUCGCAAAUAUUUCAGAAACAGAAAGACCUCACAGAAGAAAACUUUAAUGUGAUUUUCGAUCAUUAUGAUCAGAACGAAGACGGAUUUAUUUCUGAACAUGAACUUUCAGCCCUGAUUAGAGAUCUCACAAUACACUCAGGAAAGACUGAUAACCCAGUUAAUGUUAAAGUGCUGCAGAGGGAUCUUAUGAAACAUAUUGACAAAAACAAAGAUGGCAAAAUUCAAAGAAACGAGCUGUCCAUCCUUUUUACCCAGAAGAAAGCGUUGAAGAUUUGGAAGUAACAACAUCGGGGGACAUUCUCCUAGAAUUUUUGAAAUUUCACAAUUGACAAGCAAUAAAGAACGGCUAAUCUAUGAAUUCUAGUUUAUCUUUUUGUACGCACCUAUAAAGUUUGUUGCGUUGAUUAAUUAUUUGAUUUCUCUCACUUGCAGUAAGAUAUUUUAAUUGUAUUUUAGUUCUUUAAAUGUUGGCUGUGCAAUCCAAACGCACCUUUUUGACGUUGAAAAUGUCCCUUUAUCGUCAAGUUUUUGCUUGUCGUUUUAGCAAGUGUAGUCUUUCGACAUGAUACUUUUUCGAUUGACGUAGAUUAUCUAAAAA